AUGGCUUCAAGGAACUUGGAGAAGAUGGCUUCAAUUGACGCACAGCUGAGGCUGCUGGCACCAGGGAAGGUGUCUGAGGAUGACAAACUGAUUGAGUAUGAUGCUUUGUUAUUGGAUCGCUUCCUUGACAUUCUUCAGGAUUUACAUGGAGAGAGUCUCAGAGAAACGGUGCAAGAUUGUUAUGAACUUUCCGCAGAAUAUGAAAGAAAGCAGGACCCUAAAAAGUUGGAGGAACUUGGGAAGGUUCUAACGAGUUUGGAUCCUGGGGACUCGAUUGUCAUUGCUAAGUCCUUUUCUCACAUGCUUAACUUAGCCAAUUUGGCCGAGGAAGUUCAGAUUGCUUAUCGAAGGAGGAUCAAGUUGAAGAAGGGAGACUUCGCUGAUGAGGCUUCAGCUACUACAGAGUCAGACAUUGAAGAGACUCUCAAGAGGCUUGUGGGAGACCUGAAGAAGUCCCCACAAGAAGUUUUUGAUGCGUUGAAGAACCAGACUGUAGAUUUGGUCCUAACAGCACAUCCUACUCAGUCUGUUCGAAGAUCCUUGCUUCAAAAGCACGCAAGGGUAAGAAAUUGUUUGACACAGUUGUAUGCUAAGGACAUUACACCUGAUGAUAAACAGGAACUCGAUGAGGCUCUACAAAGAGAGAUUCAAGCUGCAUUUCGUACAGAUGAAAUCCGAAGGACUCCUCCAACCCCUCAAGAUGAGAUGAGAGCGGGAAUGAGCUACUUUCAUGAGACAAUUUGGAAAGGUGUACCGAAAUUCUUACGUCGUGUUGACACUGCUUUGAAGAACAUAGGGAUAAAUGAACGUGUUCCAUACAAUGCCCCUCUCAUUCAAUUUUCUUCUUGGAUGGGUGGGGACCGUGAUGGAAACCCCAGGGUUACUCCUGAAGUUACACGGGAUGUAUGUUUAUUGGCUAGAAUGAUGGCUGCUAACUUGUACUUCUCCCAGAUAGAGGAUCUUAUGUUUGAGUUAUCUAUGUGGCGCUGCAAUGAUGAGCUUCUUUCUCGUGCUCAUGAACUUCAUAGGUCUUCAAAGAAGGAUGCGAAACACUAUAUAGAGUUUUGGAAGCAAAUUCCUCCAAAUGAGCCUUAUCGCGUUAUUCUUGGUGAUGUAAGAGACAAGCUAUACAGUACACGUGAACGUGCUCGCCAAUUAUUAGCCAAUGGAAUCUCUGAAAUUCCUGAGGAAACAACCUUUACAAAUGUUGAACAGUUCCUGGAGCCUCUCGAAUUGUGUUACCGGUCACUCUGCUCUUGUGGCGAUCGGCCAAUUGCUGAUGGGAGCCUUCUUGAUUUCUUACGGCAAGUUUCCACUUUUGGGCUCUCUCUUGUGAGACUAGACAUACGGCAAGAAUCAGACAGGCACACUGAUGUCCUAGAUGCUAUAACAAGGCACUUGGAGAUUGGGUCUUAUCGAGAAUGGUCCGAGGAACGUAGACAAGAAUGGCUCUUGUCUGAGCUUAGUGGCAAGCGCCCCCUUUUUGGCUCUGAUGUUCCCAAGACUGAAGAAAUUGCUGAUGUGCUGGACACAUUCCAUGUCAUUUCAGAACUUCCCUCAGACAAUUUUGGUGCUUAUAUUAUCUCAAUGGCGACAGCGGCAUCUGAUGUGCUUGCUGUUGAGCUUUUGCAACGUGAAUGUGGUGUGAAGAAACCACUAAGGGUUGUCCCAUUGUUUGAGAAGCUUGCUGAUCUUGAGGCUGCUCCUGCUGCCGUGGGCCGUCUCUUUUCAAUAGAUUGGUACAAAAACAGGAUCAAUGGGAAGCAAGAAGUCAUGAUAGGAUACUCAGAUUCAGGGAAGGAUGCUGGCCGUCUAUCUGCAGCAUGGCAGUUAUACAAGGCUCAAGAAGAGCUCAUAAAGGUUGCGAAACAAUAUGGGGUUAAGCUUACAAUGUUUCAUGGUCGAGGUGGAACAGUUGGAAGGGGAGGAGGGCCCACCCAUCUUGCUAUAUUGUCUCAGCCACCCGACACAAUUCAUGGUUCACUUCGUGUUACAGUUCAAGGUGAAGUUAUUGAACAAUCAUUUGGGGAGGAGCACUUGUGCUUUAGAACACUCCAGCGUUUCACAGCAGCUACACUUGAGCACGGAAUGCAUCCUCCUGUCUCACCAAAGCCCGAAUGGCGUGCACUAAUGGAUGAGAUGGCUGUCAUUGCAACAAAGGAAUACCGUUCAAUAGUUUUCCAGGAACCUCGUUUUGUUGAAUACUUUCGCCGUGCAACACCAGAGAUGGAGUAUGGCCGGAUGAACAUUGGGAGUCGUCCUUCAAAACGAAAGCCAAGUGGAGGCAUUGAAUCACUACGUGCAAUCCCAUGGAUAUUUGCUUGGACCCAAACAAGAUUUCAUUUACCAGUGUGGCUUGGGUUUGGGGCAGCAUUUAAGCAAGCCAUUGAGAAGGAUGCGAAAAAUCUCCAUAUGCUUCGAGAGAUGUAUAAUCAGUGGCCUUUCUUCAGAGUGUCGAUUGAUUUAAUUGAGAUGGUGUUUGCCAAGGGCGACCCGGGUAUUGCCUCUCUGUAUGACAAGCUGCUUGUGUCAGAAGACCUAUGGUCAUUUGGAGAGAGAUUGAGGGCCAACUAUGAAGAAACUAAGAGCCUUGUCCUCCAGGUUGCUGGACAUAGGGCUCUUCUGGAAGGAGAUCCUUAUUUGAGGCAGAGACUCCUUCUCCGUGACUCUUACAUCACCACCCUUAAUGUGUGCCAAGCCUAUACACUGAAGCAGAUUCGUGAUCCGAACUACCAUGUUAAAGUAAGGCCACACUUGUCAAAGGAGUACAUGGAAACAACAAGCAAGCCAGCGGCAGAGCUCGUAAAGCUUAAUCCAACUAGCGAGUAUGCUCCUGGACUAGAAGACACACUUAUUUUGACUAUGAAGGGUAUUGCUGCUGGCAUGCAGAAUACCGGCUGA